AUGUCCCAAAUGGAAGACGAAACCAUCUCAUCUACUCAAUUCUCAGCCUGGAUACAAGAAGCUGAUAUAUCUGAGACAUUAGCGAGUACUGUACAGAUCCUCUCAGGUAUAUCGGUCACGAGGUUUUCGGAUGGUUCGUUGAAGAUGUUGGAUAAUUCUGCCCCGGGGUUGUGGAAUGCGUUUAUGAGGUUUUUGAGAAGGAUUGAGGGGGGACGGGGUGACGUUGGGAGUGAGAUUGUGAAGGUUCCUUUGCUUGUGUGUCGCAUGUUGGAAUGCUGCUAUUCCGAAGAGGGGGGUGGGAAGUUUGGUAUGAGAUUGCUAGAUUGUUGA